AUGCAGUCAUUAUCAACAUCGGUUGUUUCUCUUCAUACUUUACAUGGAUCACCGACUGACGAGGCCAAAUCGGGGAAAAUUUCGACGAAAAAACCAUCGAUUAUUUAUUUCUUUGCUCUAUUUUAUUCAUUUCUAUCCAUGGGAUUCGGCUCCGGUCUUAUCGGACCAACCCUACUCAAAUUUGGUGAACAAGUCAAAUCUCCAUUCGAAGAAGUUGUCUACGUUCUCUUUACUCGUUCGUUUGGCUUCUUGAUUGGAACUUUAAUCGGUGGAACUCUAAUCGAUCGUUUCCCACUACUAGGGCGAACAUUCCUAACGAUCUGUGUUUUUACUAUGUGUGCAUCAACAUUAAUCAUUCCCUUAGUCUAUCAACUUGUACCUAUGAUCGUCGCUCACCUCAUGUGGAGUUUUACCGCUGGUAUUGUUGAUAACCUAGCCCAAAUUUUAACCAUACGUCAUUACGACAAGUUCAAUGUUAAUCCAUAUCUACAAGCACUUCACGGCGCUUUUGGUGUUGGCGCGUUUCUUUCACCAUUGAUCAUUGCACCGUUUUUGAAAAACACAAGUCCAGUUGAUCAGUGGCAUUAUGCCUAUUGGUUGAUUGGUUGUUUACAUAUACCGAAUAUUAUCUGGAUCUUAGCCUAUGCUCUACGUGAUGAAGUUUUCUCGAAAAAAAUUGAACAGAUUACUUUAGAAAAUAAACAAAUCGAUGAUUUGAACAACCAAAUCGAAUCGAUUGUUGCAUCAGAUGAACAAACAAAUCCAGCAGAACCAUCCUCAACAUCAAAGAAUCGCUUCUUUCUCAUUUUAAUCACAAUAUUUCUUUUGCUCUAUGUCGGUGGCGAAUCAGCGUUUGGUGCCUAUAUACAUACGUAUGCAACUUUACAUUUAAACUUUCCAAAAGACAUUAGUGCCUAUAUAAAUUCUUUAUUUUGGGCAUCGUUUGCAUUCGGCCGUUUAUGUGGUAUUCCACUCUCAAUCAAACUAUCCGCAUUGCAAAUGAUUUUUAUCGAUUUGAUUGGCUGUAUUUGUUCCUUGACAUUAUUGUAUGUUUUAAACAAAUCACCCUUACUAUUAUGGAUUGGUUCUAUUCUAUACGGCCUAUCAGUCGCUUCUAUUUAUCCGUCUACGAUUGCUUUUACGGAACGAUAUGUUUCGAUAACAGGUAAACGAAUGUCAUUUAUAGCAGUGGGUGGUUCAGCCGGUGAUGCGAUUAUUCCAUUGUUGAUUGGUUACAGUAUCAAUCCGAAAAUACUCGGACCCAUAGGUUUUAUUCUUAUUUCACUUGCAGUUGCUAUUCUGGCUUCUCUGUUGUUUGCUUUUAUUCUUAUAUAUGUAAAACACAGGCCAGAAAAGGAGACUGUUGAAAAGAAAUAA